UCAAUCCCCGCCACUGGCAGCUAAGCGACGAUGGGACGUCCGUCGUGAAAGCAACCGCGUCCACUGGAACGAAACGUUCGUAUCUAAAUAUAGUCGUCUCCAAAUUCCAUUUCCAUUUCCAUAUUUGGUCCUCUUCCAAUCCAGACCAUAUCGAAAUCUGCGACGAGCUUCCUAUAAAGUAACCAUUUUCCCUCCUUGAUCCACAACGAAUCUGAACGUGAGGAGCCCCCAGGAGAGGCAGAGACCGCGAAGGCAUCUUCUGGGAGCGACCGGGAGGCAGAGGAAGGGACAAUGUCGGGAGGGGAAGAGAGAGCGGAGGGAGUCAUGGCCACCGAUUUCUUCUGGUCAUACACCGACGAGCCCCACGCUUCCAGGAGACGCCAAAUUCUCUCUCAGUACCCUCAGAUCCGGGAGCUUUUCGGCCCUGACCCGUGGGCUUUCUUCAAGAUUACUGUGGUUGUUCUGCUACAGUUAUGGACUGCUACGACCCUUCACAGCGCAGACUGGUUAAAGAUAUUGGCAAUAGCCUACUUCUUUGGCUCUUUUCUCAACCACAACCUGUUUUUAGCCAUUCACGAGCUCAGUCACAACCUUGCCUUCUCGACUCCCGUACACAAUCGGUGGCUCGGGAUUUUUGCUAAUCUCCCUAUCGGAGUGCCCAUGUCCGUCACAUUCCAAAAGUAUCACCUGGAACACCAUCGAUUCCAAGGAGUGGAUGGCAUGGAUAUGGACGUCCCGAGCGAGAAUGAAGCUCGUAUGGUGACUAAUGUUGUCACAAAAGCUAUAUGGGUCAUCUUCCAACUCUUCUUCUAUGCUCUCCGGCCAUUGUUUCUCAAACCAAAGCCCCCAGGCUACUGGGAGUUCAUCAACUUCAUCAUUCAGAUAGCUCUUGAUUUCGCCAUGGUUUACUUUUGGAGCUGGAAAUCUUUUGCUUAUCUGAUCCUCUCCACCUUCGUCGGAGGCGGGAUGCAUCCGAUGGCUGGUCACUUCAUUUCCGAACACUACGUCUUCAAUCCCAAACAGGAGACAUACUCUUACUACGGUCCGCUUAAUCUUCUGACAUGGAGCGUGGGCUACCACAAUGAACACCAUGAUUUCCCCAGAAUUCCAGGAAGCAAGCUUUACAAGGUGAAGGAGAUUGCACCUGAAUUCUACAAUGAAUUAGACUCAUAUAAAUCAUGGAGCCAGGUGAUAUAUAUGUACAUUAUGGACAGAACAGUUGGCCCAUUCAGUCGGAUGAAGAGAAUGGCAAAGAAAUCUGAGUAGUUCAUCAUCCCUUUCUCUCCCUUUAGAUUUUUUUGUUCGAUUCUUUUUCCAUCCUUUUCUGAUGGAUCGAUCACUCUCUCUUGAGGUGGUUUUGCCAUUGUUUUCUUCACGUUCUUGAAGAGUUUAUUUAUUUUAUUUUAUUUAGAUUGUAUUGUAGCAAUGUUCAUUGUACUGUAAUCGAUUCUCAGCCCAGGACCUUUCAAGGGACCGUUUGUAAAAGGUUUUGUUUCUUAUUUGGUUAAUUUACAUUAUUUUCUUUUUGACUGA